GGGCCCGCGCCGGAGCCGCUCCCCGCGCAGAGCGGUGGCUGCGCUAUGGGCAGGAGGAGCCGGCGGGCAGCCGACAGCUCGUCCUCGGGGGAGGAGGAGGAGUAUGUGGUGGAGAAGGUUCUGGAUCGGCGCGUGGUGAGGGGCCAGGCCGAGUACCUGCUCAAGUGGAAGGGCUUCUCCGAGGAGCACAACACGUGGGAGCCCGAGAAGAACCUGGACUGCCCCGAGCUGAUCUCGCAGUUCCUGCGCAAGGACCGCAGGAUGAGGGACAUGAGGGACAUGAGGGACAGCGAGGGGACGCGGCCCCGCGAGCGCCCCGAGGGCGCCAAGCGCAAGGGACUGCCCGGGGAGGACGGCAGGGCCAAGAAGAAGAGGGAGGUGAGAGGGGACACGGGGACACUGUCCCUGUGUCCCCCCAGGAAGGACACGGACGAGGCUGACCUGGUGCUGGCCAAGGAGGCCAACCUCAAGUGUCCCCAGAUUGUCAUCGCGUUCUACGAGGAGCGGCUGACGUGGCACGCGUACCCCGAGGACAGCGAGCCCAAGGAGCGCGACCCGGCGCGCAGCUGAGCCCCGGGGACACCGGGGUCACCGUGUCCCUGGCCCUGCCGGGUCACCGGGUCACCGUGUCCCCAGGGUCACCCUGUCCUGGGUCACCGUGUCCCUGUCCCUGUCCCUGCCGGGUCACCGGGGUCACCGUGUCCCCAGGGUCACCCUGUCCGGGGUCACCGUGUCACCGUGUCCCUGGCCCUGCCGCGUCCCAGGGUCACCGUGUCUCUGGGGUCACCCU